UUUGGGGGGGGGCGGGGAGGUUCCGGUCGGGGCGCGUUCCGCCACUUUCCGGUUCCGGGUUACCUGAGGUCACCUUGGUCGCCGCGCUCGUCACCGUCGCACGCGCGCAGCACGCAGAGCACCCCAGACCCAGUGAUGGCAGGACGCAGGGCAGCUGUGAAGGCGCUGGACUGGACGGCGUUUGGCGAGCGCAUCCCUCCCAACCAAAAGACGAUGUUCAACGCGCUCAAGACGCGCAGCGACGCCAUCGCCGCCAAACUCUCCUCGCUCCCAGAGAAGCCGGCUGCCAUCGACUGGGCCAUGUAUCGCAGCAAGUUGGCCAGUCCGGCCCUUGUGGAUGAGUUCGAGAAGAAGUUCAAUGCUUUAAAGGUCCCUGAGCCUGUGGACAACUACUCCUCAAAGAUCGCCAUCCAGGAGAAGGAAGCUGAUAAAUCGGCACAGGAAUUCAUUCAAGCUUCCAAACAGCGCAUUGCUGGGUACGAGAAAGAGCUGGAGAAGAUGAGAAACAUGGUCCAUGUGGAAGAGAUGACCAUCGAUGACUUAAACGAAGCCUUCCCUGAGACCAAGUUGGACAAAGUCAAGUACCCGUUCUGGCCGUUCAAGCCCAUCGCCGCCCUCUAAAGACGCAUCCAACGAGCCGCCGUUUGUUUGAGAAAUGUUGGCCCUCGGUGUGAAGAUGAUGGCACGUGGUAAAUGUUCCAUACCCUUAUUAACUGUACAAUAAAUUGGCGUACGACGUAAAAAAUAAAGAUGCAACCAGAUUUCG